UAGCGAUCAGAUCAGGUGGAACGCCUGGUUCCGCUUUAUAAAAUAUUUAAAAAGAUUCUAACGAUCGCGUUUGCAUUUCUGUAUUGUUUUCGGGUUGCCCUAAAUCGGAAUCGUAUUAAUAAAAUCAUUGGAAGCAAGAGAUAAUCUAUUCAGGAUGAAGGUGUGCUUGCUGGUCGUUGCAAGCUUGCUCUCGCUGCUGGGAGCAGUGUCAGCCAAUCGCACUUUUACAGUCGACUAUGAUCAUGAUCGAUUCCUGAAGGAUGGCAAACCCUUCCGCUUCAUUGCGGGCUCCUUCCAUUACUUUCGUGCCCAUCCCGACACUUGGCAGAGGCAUCUCCGCACCAUGAGAGCAGCCGGUUUGAAUGCAGUGACUACCUAUGUGGAAUGGUCUCUUCAUAAUCCAAAGGAUGGUAUUUAUGUCUGGAACAAAAUAGCAGAUCUGGAACAUUUUAUACGACUGGCCGUCGGGGAGGAUCUCCUGGUGAUCCUUCGUCCAGGCCCUUACAUCUGUGCAGAACGCGACAUGGGCGGGUUUCCCUAUUGGCUGCUCAACAAGUACCCUGGGAUUCAGCUUCGCACAGCAGAUGUCAACUACCUAAGUGAGGUCCGCAUUUGGUAUAACCAACUCUUCAGAAAGAUAGCCCCCUAUCUCUAUGGCAAUGGAGGCCCCAUUAUAAUGGUUCAGGUGGAGAACGAGUACGGCUCUUACUUUGCCUGUGAUCUCAACUACCGAAACUGGCUACGGGAUGAGACUGCAAGUCAUGUCAAGGGUAAGGCCGUCCUCUUCACCAACGAUGGACCCAGCGUUCUGCGCUGCGGAAAGAUACAAAAUGUUCUGGCCACCAUGGACUUUGGAGCGACAUCCGAUCUGAAACCCAUCUGGGCCAAGCUGCGACGGUUUCAGCCAAAAGGACCGCUGGUCAAUGCCGAAUACUAUCCGGGUUGGCUGACGCACUGGACAGAACCGAUGGCUAAUGUGAGCACGGAUUCGAUCACGGGGACUUUCGUUAACAUGCUGGAUAGUGGAGCCAGCGUCAACUUCUACAUGUUCUAUGGAGGUACCAAUUUCGGUUUCACCGCCGGCGCUAAUGACAAUGGACCUGGACUGUAUCUGGCGGACAUCACCUCCUAUGACUACGAUGCGCCAAUGACAGAGGCUGGGGAUCCCACGUCCAAGUACCAAGCCCUGCGUCGCAUUAUUGGAAGGUAUUUGCCGUUGCCCAAUGUACCUGUGCCCGAUCCCGUACCCAAGAAAGACUACGGAUCCGUGCGCCUGACCAGUUGUUGCAAUUUACUCUCCCCGGAGGCCCGUCAACGCCUGUCCACCGGAUUCGUCCAAUCGGCCAAACCACAAAGCUUUGAGGCCCUGAACCAGUACUCUGGAUUGGUUUUAUACGAAACCCGACUACCCAGUUUCAAGCGUGACCCGAGCAUCCUAAGUGUACCAGGCUUAGCGGACCGAGGCUAUGUCUACGUGGAUGGGGAGUUCGCGGGCCUGCUUGCUAGGGAAAUACCUGUUUUUGAUCUUCCAAUCAGUGCUAGUGCUGGACGAAAGCUACAGAUUUUCGUGGAGAAUCAGGGGCGCCUUAACUAUGGUCGCCAGAUCAACGACUUCAAGGGCAUCCUGCGAGAUGUGCGUCUGGACAAGCAAGUUCUGACCAAUUGGAACAUGACCCAGUUCCCCCUGGAGUCGUACGAUAGCCUGGAGCAGUUGAUAUCCCAAUCGCAUAAGUCACCCCGCCUUGACGUCCCACACCUACUCAACUCAGAAACUCAUAAACUCAGAACCCUACUGCGAACAGGACCCACCAUUUAUUACGGACAACUUGAUAUCCAAACCAAGAGUGACAUUGCGGAUACGUAUCUGGACAUGUCAGGAUGGGGCAAGGGCAUUGUCUUCGUAAACGGCGAAAAUCUCGGCAGGUACUGGCCCCUGGUGGGACCCCAGAUCACUCUAUACGUCCCUUCGCCGCUCCUGAAAGUGGGCUCCAACCGUAUCGUGGUGGUGGAGUACCAACAGAUACCAACCUCUCUGGAGUUGCACUUCCGGAACACCCCCAUCCUGAACGCGAGAACUGUCUAGGGUAGCGCACAUCCUUCGCUAUUCAAAACAACAACAUACAUCAUGCAUCAUUCGUUAAUGUAUAUUUAAAUGUAAAUUUAUGCGGUUUAAGUUCUUUGUGAUGGCAUUAAAGCGGAUCCGAGGAGUAAGGACUUUGUGUCUUGUCUGCCUCGUUAUCCUUUUUUUGUAA